GCAGGAAGUUUUGCUAAGCAACUUGGUCAACCUGUUGUUUCCAAAACCUUGGGGGAUAGAUUUUCAGCUCCAGCAGUAGAGACCCGUCCUAGCAUCUAGGGGGAGUGCCCACCAAAGUUUGCUACCAAGUUGGGCCGAGUUGUGGUCAAAGAAGGACAGAUGGGACGAUUCUCCUGCAAGAUUACUCACCGGUCCCAACUGCAGGUCACCUGGCUCAAGGGGAAUGUUCCACUGCAGCCGAGUGCCCGUGUUUCUAUGUCUGAGAAGAAUGGGAUGCAGCUUCUGGAAAUCCAUGGAGUCAACCAAGAUGAUAUGGUAGUGUACACGUGCCUGGUGGUGAACGGGUCAGGGAAGGCCUCGAUGUCAGCUGAGCUUUCCAUCCAAGGUUUGAACAGUGCUAAUAGAUCAUUUGGGAGAGAAACGAAAGCCACCAAUUCAGACAUCAGGAGGGAGGUGACCAGUACAAUCUCAAAAGCAUCAAAACUGGACAGUCUGGAGGCUGCAGCCAAGAGCAAGAACUGCUCCAGUCCCCAGAGAGGUGGCUCCCCAGCCUGGGCCCCAAAACACCAGCCUCAGCCCCUGAGGGAGUCCAAGCUGGAGUCAUACAGGGACUCACCCAGAAUAGCCCCGCAAACCCUGGUCCUUCAGAAGACUUCCAGCUCCAUCACCCUGCAGGCCGCAAGCGUUCAGCCGGAACCAAGAGCAUCAGUCCUGGGGGCCCUAUCACCUUCUGGAGAAAAAAGGAAGGGGCCAGCUGCUCCCCAUCCAGCCACCUUCUCCACCAGGCAGCCUGGCCUGGGAAGCCAAGACGUUGCGAGCAAAGUUGCUACCAGGAGAAUCCCCCUGGAGGACCAGAGGGAUGCAGCAUUCCCCAAAUUUGAGAGCAAGCCCCAAAGCCAGGAGUUCAGGGAAAAUCAAACUGUCAAGUUCAGGUGUGAAGGUGAGUAG